UUUGGCUUUUCCGAGGUUUUCAACUUCUUGGUCCAAUUCAGUGCGCUGUUUUCAUUUUUCCACGCUGCUAUCGCAGAUACGAAUUCUUAAAAGACCUAUCUGUACAGCAAGUGAUUAUAAUCCACUAUUUGAGCAGGAUGACUUGCCAAAAUUUGAAAAAAUCGAUUCUUCGCACGUUGUUCCCGCUAUGGAAACUCUUACUAGUGAUUUUACUGAUAAAUUUCAGAAUUUUGAAGCCAAAAUUGAAAGUUUUACUGAUAGAAGUGUGGAUUGGACGACUGUGGUUGAACCUCUAGAAUUGUUAAACAGCAGGCUUGAAUAUGCUUGGAGUGCAGUGACUCAUUUGAAUGGAGUGAAAAAUAAUGAUGAUCUCAGAAAUGCCUACCAAAAGGUUCAACCUUCUGUUAUCAAGGUGUCAACUCUUGUUUCACAAAGCAAGCCAUUAUAUUCAUCUUUCCAGAAAUUAAAUGAUAAUUCAUCUGCUCUUGAAGAGGGCCAACAAAGAAUAGUGACAUCAUUUUUACGUUCCUCAAGAAAUGGUGGGGUUGGAUUAGAAGGAAAAGAAAAAGAGAGGUUCAAUGAGAUAAAACUCAGAUCAGCAGAACUUUCAACUAAAUUCAGCAAUAAUGUUUUGGAUUCUGUGAAAAAGUUCUCGAUUUUAGUAACUGAUCCUGACCAGAUGAAGGGUUUGCCAGAUUCCUUAUUACAGCUUACAGCUUCUGUGGCAGCUGCUGACAACAACAGGAGUGAUGUCAAUUACAAAGAAGGCCCUUGGAAAUUGACCUUAGAUAUACCAUGUUUUCAACCUUUUAUGCAAUAUAGUGAAAACCGAAAAUUACGACAGCAAAUGUAUAAGUCUUACAUCACCCGAGCAUCCAGUGGAGAGACGGAUAACAGUGACAUAAUUGAAGAAAUACGACAACUCAGGAAAGAGAAAUCAUCUUUGCUUGGCUUUAAGGACUAUGCCAGCUUGUCUCUGGAAUCCAAAAUGGCUGGCCGUGCAUCUGAAGUGUGGAAACUUAUCAAUGAACUCAAAAAUAAAAGCAAGAAUGCUGCAAUUAAAGAAAUUGAUGAUCUGAAGUUAUUUGCAUCACAGAAUGGCUUUAGUGAUGAAAUUAAGUUGUGGGAUGUUUCAUACUGGGCUGAAAAACAACGUCAACACCUUUUUAGUUUUAGUGAUGAGUUACUAAGACCUUACUUCCCCCUACCAAGGGUUCUUGAUGGUCUAUUCAAGUUUAGCAAACAAUUGUUUGGGAUUACCAUUCAGUCUGCGGAUGGAGAAACCGAUGUAUGGCAUGAAGACGUCAGAUUCUUUAAAAUCUACAAUGAUUCAGGUGAACACCUGGCUUCUUUUUAUUUGGAUCCCUACUCAAGACCAGCAGAGAAAAGGGGUGGAGCGUGGUUUGAUGAGUGUACAGGUAAAAGUCACCUGACCAAUAGAAUACCAGUGGCUUACCUUGUAUGUAAUCAAUCUCCACCAAACAAGCAUGAUGGUACUCCAUCACUAAUGACAUUCAGAGAUGUGGAAACUCUCUUUCAUGAGUUUGGUCAUGGACUGCAACACAUGCUGACUACAGUACCGUACUCUGAUGCAGCAGGAAUCAAUAAUGUUGAGUGGGAUGCUGUGGAACUUCCAUCUCAAUUUAUGGAAAAUUGGAUGUACAACAGAGCGACCGUUGACCUUGUGAGUGGACAUUACAAAACAGGAGAAACCUUGCCAGAUCAAAUAUUCAAUCAGGUUUGCAAAGCUCGGCAGUUUCUAGCAGGUUCUGGGAUGCUGCGUCAAUUAUAUUUUGCUGCGCUUGACCUUGAACUUCACACCAGUUCCGAGCCGUGGCGAGAUGUCAUGAAACGAAUUUCUCAAGAAUACACUGUUCUCCCACCCCUCCCUGAGGACAGUUUUCCCUGCUCAUUUCUGCAUAUAUUUGGAGGAGGUUAUGCGGCGGGCUACUACUCCUACAAAUGGGCUGAGGUGAUGUCGGCUGAUGCGUUUGGUGCUUUCCAAGAAGUUGGACUCAACAACACUGAGGAAAUUGCUCGCCUAGGAAAAAGAUUUCGUGACACUAUUUUGGCCAAAGGUGGGUCACGCCAUCCGCGUGACGUCUUUAGUGAUUUUCGUGGUCGGCCACCAACACCAGACGCUUUACUCUCAAUAUAUGGAUUAUCAUGACAGAAUAGAUAGAAAACUAGUAGUCACAACUAACAACGUGUUUGCUUUCGAAGCCGAGAAAAAAUGUGUCACGCAAGACUCGCAGUCACAAAAAUGAUAAAAAUGUGAAGAGAGAGAUUAAAAUGGGAGCAAUAUUGAAAUACUUAUGACACCUACAGAAGGUUUCAUGUCAUUAAAAUUAUAUUGUCAGUAUAAGUCUUAGAGUUUUCAACCGUUUUAAUUGGAAAGUCAAGUACUACGGUGGAUGACACAACAGAACGGAAAUUUCGGAGAUUCAUAAUCAAAACAUCUUAUUUACAAUAGUAAUUUACGAUUAUAUGAAAAUUCACGAAAAAUUUAGCUAAAAUGUCUAAUUCCUAAAAAAAUAUAUAUAUAUAUCUAUAUAAGUUGAAUUUCUGCUUCCCUGUUGGUAAUUUUAAAGUACUACGGUGGAUCACACAACAGAAGGGAAGUUUCGGCAUACCUUGUAAAAUUAAUAUUAGUAAUAUUUCACCAUUAAGUUAUUUACUUUAUAUAAAAUCAGCUCACAUAGAAUCAAUCAUAUAAUAUUGAAAGCGACUACAGUACCUCCGGCGAUUAUUUUCUUAGUGGGUGAAAGAAAAUCCCCUUUAUUUGUUUAAUUAUUUUUAAUUAAAUGUUUUCAAUUUUAAAAACAAAUA